GUCGCAUUUCCUCCCCGCCUCUCCCCAUUGGGGCUGAGACUCCUCGUGUUCCGAUUGCGCCUCCAGGUCACAGGCUGAUCUCCUCUUAGCACAGCUCCUUCCCGGCCGCCCACUUCAGUGCCAGGAUGCACCUCGGGAGGAGCUCCCGGAGGCAGCAGCGGGCCAGGACCAUGCCUCGGGAGUGACGGCCGACUGCUCCAGCCCCAGCCCCAGCCCCCGCCCCCUCGGGUCCUCCUUCCAGGCUGAGGCUCGCCCGGCCUCCAGGCGCAUAGUGCCGAGAGGCUGCCUCGGGGGCUGGAUGCGGGCAGUCCCAGAGCUAGAGGCGAGCCGCCCGAAUCCCACCCGCCGCGGAGGCGGAGGCGGGGCAGUCGGGCAGAGGCAGUCCGAGAGAGGCAGAAGCACAGCGGCGCGGGCUGGGCCGCCGCGGGCCGCCCGGGUUCUCUCUCUUUCCCACCCCGGCCCCUGGAGAACCAGGAGCGAGCGGGGCCCUGGCCGCUGACGCUGCCCGUGCUCUAGGCAGAGGAGGCGGCUAGCUCGGCGCUGCCCGGACCCGGAGGGACCCGGAAGCAGAAGCGGGGCCAAAGCAGCCAAAGCAGCCAAAGCCGAGCAGUGGCCCCCAGCUGCCCGCCGGGGCUGGGUGCGGAGUCGGACGGCUGGAUGGGCAGCGGCGGCGUCCGCAGCCGGCGGCGAUGGGCGAGGAGCAGAGUACGGUGAAUGCAGACGGUCCCGCCGAGGGGCGGCCCCCCGGCGGCGGUGAAGACUUAGGCGAGGAAUCAACGGAGCCUCGGCGGCCGCCGGGGGAAAACAACGGGGCAGUCGGGCCCCGAGCCCUCUUCCCGGACCCUGGCGGCGGCGGCAGAGGGGACAGGGCUUCCCCGGAACUUGAGAAGAGUGGAAAGAAAGCGCGCGAGCAGCCCGUAGCAGGGAGAUUCACCCGGCCACUUGAUCCCCGAACUUUGCAGCAGAGGGUGGAAGAGCCGGCAUGGGGGGAAUGGGACGGGUCUUCCGAGCUCGAGCUAGGGGAGCGGGCCAGCUCCCCAGACGGUCUGGUCUUGGAAGUGCUUGGCCGGCGCCACCACCCUCCAGCCAAGAGACACAUCUACUGCACCGUGUACUGCGUGGAAAACGACCUGCCCGAGGCCCCGACUCGGGAGCAGCCUUCCUCCCCAAGCACUCUGGCUUCGCCGGUGCCUCUCGCAGUCCCUUCUUCCACCACCUCCUCCGCCAGCUCAGCGACUUCCUCCCCCAGUCCCGGCUUGUCGCCCCCCUCGGACCCUGUGGCCUUAGACUGCGGCGGCAGGGGCGGCAGCAGCGUAGAGCUCGACGUAUACCUAGGUCCAGAGCCCUUUUCCUUGUCCAGCCUGAUAGGAGCGCCGCCCUAUCCGGGCCUGGGACGGCUGGGAGACCCCUAUAGCCCCCUCCUCGUCUUGAGCUGUCGGGUGUGUCUAGAGGAUAAAGCUAUCAAGCCCCUGACGUGCUGUAAGAAGGCGGUAUGUGAGGAGUGUCUGAAGCGCUACCUGAGCUCCCAGGUCCAACUUGGUCAAGCAGAAAUCAAAUGUCCGAUCACAGAAUGUAAUGAAUACUUAGAGGAAAGAACUGUUCUCUAUAACCUGCCACAUGAUGAUGUCAUCAAAUACAAGUACUUCUUGGAACUCAGCCGUAUUGACUCCAGCACCAAGCCAUGUCCUCAAUGCAAGCACUUUACAACCUACAAGAAGAGAGGACAUGGUCCAACUCCUACCAAAUCGGAAAACAAAUACAAAAUCCAAUGCCCCAAUUGCCAAUUUGUCUGGUGUUUUAAGUGCCACUCACCCUGGCAUGAAGGUGUUAACUGCAAGGAGUACAAAAAGGGAGACAAGUUAUUGCGUCACUGGGCCAGUGAAAUUGAGCAUGGUCAGAGGAAUGCCCAGAAGUGUCCAAAGUGCAAGAUCCAUAUCCAGCGAACAGAAGGAUGUGACCAUAUGACCUGUUCACAAUGUAACACUAAUUUCUGUUACCGCUGUGGGGAGAGAUAUCGCCAGCUCCGCUUUUUUGGAGACCACACAUCAAACCUCAGUAUAUUUGGAUGCAAAUAUCGCUACCUCCCUGAGAGACCGCAUUUAAGGAGAUUAGUGCGAGGCUCAGUAUGUGCUGGAAAAUUAAUCAUUGCACCUCUAAUCCUGGUUUUGGGACUGGCACUUGGAGCUAUAGCCGUUGUAAUAGGUUUAUUUGUAUUUCCCAUCUAUUGCCUUUGUAAAAAGCAAAGGAAAAGAUCACGGACAGGUAUGCCCUGGUGAAAAGCAACCUUUUUUCAUCUGCACUGAUCUGAGCCCUACUGAGGGUUAAACAAAAUGGUGCAAUGAAGAACAUAGACAUCCAUAUCCAAGUCGCCAUCCUGAAAACUGAGAGGGACUUCUUGCCAUCUCCUCUCCUCUUGGUUCACUGCUGCAGGCCAGAAUGCCUCCUUGCUAUGGUGCACUCCAAAAAAUGGUAGCCUACCCCUUUUCCCCUUUCUGAUUGCUGCUUUAAAAAAAAAAAAUUAAGGAGUUGCUCUCCAGAUUACUUUCAUAGACUUCUGUAUUUCAACUAUAACCCUUCCUAUUGUUCCUACUGCAGUUUAUCUGUUUAGGAUUUUUAUAAGAAACAGCUGAAAGCAGUUUAAAUUGUCUGUGUGUCCUGAACACUGAACCUCAUCUUUUGGGACAUUCUCUGAAUAGCUCACAUUCUAUGUCUAUCAUUAAGCAAAGUCAGAUUUCAGAAGACAGAGGCUCUUCAUAUCCACCUAUUUCUACCUAUGGACCAAGCAGUGUAAUUCAGCCAUUUGGCAGGAGUUGCAGUUGCCAAAAAUAUCAGUGCCUAAAAGGGAACUAAUAAAAACAAAUUAAUGAGAAGAAGCAUGUGGCUAGUGAAACCCUUGUGUAGAUGUGUAAGUAAAUAUGUAUUAGAGUUGGCCCUAAUAAGCCUGUAGUUGUCUAGUUACAUGAUACUACAUUCUUCUUCCAUAUUUUCAUAGGGCUGUUUCAGAUUGGGUUUAGGUCCUUUGCUGGCUUAAGACACACAAAAAGCAAUGUGGAAGCUAUCCAAGAAAUCUCUUACUAUGAAUUAAAAUAAAGACAGACAAUGUUAUUUAGUAAAAAUCAAAUUUUGUGGACCAACAGAAUUAAUAUAAUGGUCUCAGAAGCUGAGUCCUGGAAAAAUGCUCCUUAUUUUCCUUCUGAUGAAUCCUUUAAUGUGCAUAGAACAAUAUGAAUUUCCAUGAAAAUGCAUGAGAAUUUCAUUAAUCAAUCCAAAGAAUAGAUUUUAUUUGAAAUGAAAACCACUUAAAUCUAAAAAUCCUUUAUGGAAUCAUAAAGGUCAUAAAGAAUUGUACCUAAGGUUAAAGUUCUCUAUUAUUUCCUUUCCGUUAACUUUUUUUAUUUUGGACUUUUCACAAAAACAAACUUUGUUUUCAGAUGUAAGUCUCAUGCCUGCUGUUCAAAGUUUUGUUCCUCUGUUAGUGAUAUUUUUAUGGAACAGGUUCCCUAAAAAAUAAGGUUCCUGUGAUCAUGGUUAUGUACUUUUAAAAACAAACAAAACCCCUAAUCUGCUGCUAGAGAAGAAAAUGGAGAAAAUAAAUGAAGGAAAAUGUUUCUGGAAGUUUUUCAGAUCCCCAGUUUCUUCAAAAAUAAGGAGACAAGUAGAUUGAUAUUUGUCAACCCUUGUUUUAAUAAUGAAAGUUCACAAGCAGAGUGAACAAAGUGGAGCCCAGUUGCCUCCACAACUUUAAAACCUAGUUGUAUGCCAUGGGUAUAACAUUUCACUGAUUGGCAUCCAUUCCUUUUGUGAAAGACUUGAUAUCUGUACACAUAAAUGCUCUUUGUGGGACUCCAGAUAACGGGAAAAGUGUCAUUUUUGGUUUAACUGACAUAUAUAUGUGGUAGUAGAGUUUACUAGUGUCAGUCUUGAAACAGUUUGCUUUCAUUCUUUCUCAUGUAAUGCAGUGCACAGGAAUAAGAGAACACCUGGAGUAAUCUUCCAUUUCAUGGUAAAGAUAGGCAAUCCCAUAAUGAUUCUGGAAAAACAUCUUUUGAAAGAGUAACUACAUACAACAAAAGUUUGGACUAUUGUUUCAAAUAGUACCAAGCUUGAAGGGUUUCCAGAGAAAACCCAUGUAUUUAUAUGUCUUAAACUUGUUGUAUCUUUGCAAUGCAUAUUUUCCUGACUUGGGUCUUUGUUUUUAUAAUUUAUGUAUAUAAACAUUUGCCCUCAAUCUCAUAUGUGUGCAUAUGUGAAUGUGCAUAUGUAUGUUAUACAUAUAUAUGUUUAUGUAAAAUCUUUUUAUGGUUGCAUAUAAAUUGUAUGCACACAUAUAUUGACUAGGUGAGUAGUAUAUGUCUGGUCCUAGAUAAUCUAUUUUCUUAGGUCCAUUAUAUCUGUUGUCUAUGGCUUACUCAGGGAUUUAUAUUCCUUCUUUUAAAUAACUUAUCUUUCGGGAGGGGGGGUAUUUUUAUAUUAUUUAGAAAACUUUCCAACUUCUGAAUGAUAGAGUUGGUGUCUGAUAUGAAGUCAGUAAAGGCUUUUAGAAAGUACUUUGAAUUGUUUCUGCAUUUGGUUGCACAGGAUUUCCAUUAUUCUGUUUUAUUGAUUUUUUUUAAAUUAACUUAUACAUUUGCCACAACAGAUCGUUGGUAAACCCACCCUUUUCCUUCAAGUAGCUCAAAGUAAUAAUUUCUGAAGCUCUGGUGGUAAUAUAAUGAAGAUCUUAAGAAAAGAGAAUGGGAUGAAAAUAAUUUUUUAAUUUAGUGCCAUCAUUGCGGGUAAAACCCUAUGUGUAACUUGUGUGUGAAUUUUAAUUUGUAAAAAGAUCCACUGUUAGAAAAAUUUUAGUAGCAUGUUUACAAAAUACCUUUUGUAGUUUUUUAGUGUAAUCAAGUAGAGGAAAAUAAUUUGGCUUUUGUAAUUAGUUGUAGCAUUUUAUUUCAUAUUUAAAGGCAUUUGCAAAAAUAUUAAAUGAUCAUUUUAAGUUCUACAUAGCAUGUGCUUUUCUAUCAUUUUCCUCUGAAGAAACUGAAAAGACAGUGUAGAAGUUUAUAGUUGUGUUUUUGUUUUAAGGACAGGGUUCUUAUUUUCCAUCUACAUUUCAUCUACUCAUCUACAUCAAACCAAAUACCAUGCCAAAAUAAGGAGUUAGAAGAGAAUUUUCAUCUUUUCCACUCAAAACAAAAUAUAUGUUUGGAUGCCAAUAAUUAGACAAGAGAAGAGUAUCAUUGUUAGGUUGUCUCAUUGCUUUAAUAUAUUGGAAUAAUAAAAAUUUAGAAAUAAUUACUCUGUAGAAUUAUUUGAGAAUAGUUUUCACAUUUUUUCAUCAUACUACCACUUUCACAUUUACUGCCCCAAUGUGUUAUUCAUUCAUACAGUAAUUAAAGGUCUUUUAAAAUGUUAGCAGAUAAAUAAUACUUGAUUUUGUUGUUGCCAUGAAAAGUCACACUAAUUCAAGAAGUAUCGAGGUGGAGUACGGAAUACUUCAUCCUUGGAAGGUCUCAGGAUAUGUUGAUUUUCUUUCUAGUACAUCAAGUGAUGAUGUAACAUUUAUUUUACCCCCAAACCCAUUGAGGUUUCUUGUGAUUAAGGUUAAGAAGGGAAAAUCUGUAUAUUUUGAUGUCUUGGCAUAGGCAUCCUUUAUUUCCUGUGGCUUAGAUUUCCUGAUAAGGAGGUAUUGUAUCCUGACACUUCAACAGAGAGGAUACAAUCCAAGAUACCAAGGCUUACAACCUUCUAUCUGAUUAUAUUCUUCUUUCUGAGGUAUCAAGAUUCAGUGGUUCCUGUGAAACUAUAUCUACAUACAUCUCCCAGCCCUUCCUUCUUGAAUGGGUGUGGUUUUAUUGCUCCCCUAAAUCCCUCACUUUGCAAAUCCUUGACUUACUUCCCCCCAACCUUGUAUCUUUCUGUUCCUUCUGGUUACUCCCUGCUUUCCUUCAUUCUUGACCUCCAUUCCAUAGAUACACAUCUCUAACUGAUGAAACAAUGAAAAAAAAUUAUUUCUGACAUUAUUCACAGGAAAACAGUAAUCUUUUCUCACCUUCUCUGCAUGUGAGGAGAGCUAGAGCACUCCUGUCAAACUGAUAAAAUGACUUGCAUAUUGCAUAGAAUGUUUUAAAUUUUAUUAAUUUUAUUGCUGCUUGUUAUAUUUGUAUUUAUAUUUUAAGUGGUUAAUGAGACAUGGAUAACACUGUAUUUAAAAUGUUUUCUUUGUUACUGAAUUCCAUAAGAACUUUCAUACCAAAAGCCAUAGUAAUAUUUUAGAUUCCUAAACAAGAUGAAUAUAUGCCUUAAAAUCAAAUUGUCAUAUUGUAACCUGUGUUUGGCCCUAUAGUGCUUCAGAGAGUGAGAGGUGAUUCCAUUUUUGUCACUGAAUUCUAUACCCUUUGGAGUGAAUUUAUUUUAUUUUGCCAACUUUGUUAUUUUUCUUAAGACUAUAACGUUAACUUAACGUUAACAAAUGCACUUUAAAGUCCUCCAUGCCAUUUGAAUAAUUAGAUUAUGAACUUGGGAUUUACGAAGCUAUGCAAAACUGUAUUUUUUAAAAUACAUUUUCAUCAGCCAUUCAGGAUACAUAUUUUGUUUACUUAAGAGCAUGUAAAAGAGUUUGCAAAUGUUUUACUCUUCAUUUUUACUUUCAAACAGAAUUUAAAGCAGUAAAACAGAUGAAAUAGACAUACCAGUGAAGGUCUAUAUCACCUGAAGAAAGUUUUAGGAUGAAAAUGUUGAAAUAUUAAGCUUAUAGAAAACUUAAUUCUGUCAGUUUGCAUUAGACGUUCCAAAACAGCAUGAUUUUUAAUCUAUGAAUUAAUAUGCCUGGCACAUAAUGGAUAGUUGGAGCAUUUAUUUGAAAACCAUAGGUGACCUUUAUAACAUCAUUGUAAGAGAGCUGUGCAACAGGGCCCUUACAAUUAACAGAAAAGUUAUAGCCACCAAUAGCCAAUUCAAGUGGAUUGAAUGUUCAAUUAUGCUUAUUCCUUACAGAUUCUUAUUACUAUUUACAGUAAGUUCACAGUCCUUUCAGAGUACAAAAACCUAUAGUCCCUAUUGGGGGGGGGGUGCGGUAAGUGAUUUGCCCAGGGUCACACAGCUAGCGUCAAGUGUCUGAGACUGGAUUUGAACUCAGAUCCUCCUGAAUCCAGGGCUAGGGCUUUAUCCACUGUGCCACCUAGAUGCCCCACCUAUUAUGUCUCAAAAUAGGAGGAAGCAAAAGGAAGGAUACCUGAGGGAAGCAAAGAGGUUGGGAAACCAUAUCUUUCCCCAAGUUGAUUGCAUAUUAGAGAUAGUAUACACAUUGAUAGGAAUACAUUGCUGUAUAAUUUGAAGCAGACUGUUCUGACUUUUUGGCUAUUUAAUGAUCUGAGAUAAUAUUUUUUGAUGCAACCUAUGAAUUUCAAAUUUGAAUUUUUAAAAUGUAAAAACUGGAAAAUAAAAGACUGUUCAUUGUUCCCCUUAAUAUUGGCAUUAGAAACAAAGACUAAUGUACAUGUUACAAUUUGACUGUCCUAUUAAGCUUCUCUUUAUGUGGUUGUCAUGAUUCUGUGGACUUAAUUUUAUUCCUGGUCCAUCCAAGUGAAUAUCAUUUUAUCUAUGGCCAUGUUAUAAUGGGGUUUUGAGAAGCAUGGCACAAUGACUAGUUUUACGUCCUGCCUCUGACACAUACUGACCCUAAACAACGUCACCAGUCUCAUAGUAGUACUGCAGGGAACUCUUUAAAGACUUUAAAACACUGACAAACACUACACAAUGAUUUAUUGUUUUAUUGAUUAAGAAAGUGAUGGAAGAGUCGGGGCAGCUAGGUGGCACAGUGGAUAGAGCACUGGCCCUGGAUUCAGAAGGACCUGAGUUCAAAUCUGGCCUCAGACACUUGACACUUACUAGCUGUGUGACUCUGGGCAAGUCACUUAACCCUCAUUGAAGUAAAGUUUAAAUCAGAAUACUAUUUGCCUUAAUCAAUCAGUGAAAAGAAAUGUUGCCAAUUAUAGAACAGAAGAUUAUUUCUAUGACAACUGAGCUUCCUUUUGAACUAGUGGUCAUCAUGUUCUUCUAAGGACCAUACUUAAAAUGUAAUAAACAUAGAGAGCAUAAGGGAAGAGUAUUACAUUUGGUCUUCCAAGGAAUAUUCUCCUGAGGCACGAUUAUUUUGGAUAGCUUAGCAGUAAAAUCUAUGCAUGCAAGGCAAGUAAGUAUGAAUGAAAAAGGAAAAAAGAUGUCUCUUCUCUUUGUACCACUGAUCCUGUCCCAUUUAUUUUCUAAUCAUGUGUCACUUUUUUCUUUAACAUCAAAUGACUUUCCUCCUCCAACUGUGUGGGGCAAUUUCAGCACAUCACAGUUUUUCUCAGAAAUCUCUACUUAUUCUAAUCCUUUGGGGGUAGUUGCUGCCCCUUCCUAUUCUGUUCAAAUGUGGGAAGAAUUUUUUCUUAUCUUUAUAAGUGUUGCUAAAUCUAAAAAAAUUAAAUUCAUAUUCAAAAAUUGCUUUGUGAUUGAGUUCUAACUGUACUGGAAAUAAGCACAAUAUAUAACUAGGUCUUAUUUUACUUGGAAAGAAAAACAGUAUUAAGAGUGAAUUGAAGAAUUUCCUUUCUUAUUGGUGCAAAUGACAAUAUUCAGAAAUGUUUCUAGGAACAAAUGAACUAAAUUGAUUUUAAAGAAGGAGCCCGAUCAAAAAACAUGAAAAUAUAGUCUAUGACCUAUCUAUAAUCCCUUCUAUACAAUGGGAAUGGCCAGUGACCACACAAAAUUCUCUUUCUUUUCCUCUGUCUUUACUUGGGGUCUCCCUUCCCCCAAACAAAGAGGAGAAGCUCUGAAAUUACAUUCUGUUCUGUAAUGAGCCAGGAAAGAAAGAAACCGUGGUCAAGAGCAAUAGAUAGAGCCACCUGCUUCACUUUCUACUGAUACUAUCUCCAAGGCAUGAAAAAGAAAAAGAAUUUAGGGACAGGGAGCCAACCAGUACUAAAAAUUGGCUUUGAGGUCUAGGCUGCAUAUUUAUUUGUCCUUACAGGAAACCCUGGACCCUUACUCCCCAAAUAAUUGAAGGCUUUAUUCCUGUUUCUCAAUCUCCAACUUGCUGGAGUUUCUGUUUCAAAUUCGGAGAAUCAUCAUUAGUGACUUGUUCUGCUAUGGGAAUCCUGCAAGGAAAUGUUCUUUUAUCCCAAAUUCUGAGGGCAUUUCCCCAUAGAAACAUUGUUCACAUAUGGUGGUAAGAAUCUGUAUUACUAUUAGUACAACAUUAUAUAUUUCAGGCACAUUAUGGGUUAAACAGACUUCAACUGGCUGACCCAGGAACCUAAUUACCAUGUUUAAAGUUUCUAUGGGAAAAUAAGUGAUGAUUUCCAAACAAACAAUUUAUAAAUGGACUUUUAGAAAACAAGCUAUAUUAUAAAACUGGUGCUGCUAUAACUCUUCUAAAAUCAAUUUACUUUCAUUAAUUUUAUGGUAUUUUAAAAUCCAACAUAAUAUAAGUUAAUUGGCUAUUUUUUGGCAGCUCCAAAUUCUGUCAUCUUCCAUCUGAACUGAUAACUAAGAAAGAGCAUGAUGUACUGGGGAUCUAAACAAGACAUCAAAUGACUCUUGCUCCAGUCUCAGCCCCAACCUGUGUGUUAUUAGGAAAUUCCUUUGCCUCUCUGUUCCUCCAUUUCUUCAUCUGCAAAAUGACGGUAAUAAUACUUUUCUAGCUGACUGCCCCAGAAUUAUCAUGAUGAUUCAUUAUCUCAUUUGAUGUGAAAAACUGUAUGAUGCUUUUUAAUCAUAAAGGAUGAUCUUUAAUAGAGAAUUUGAUAAACAUGCAGUAGCCAAAUGGAAUUAAGUUACAGAUAAGUUUUUUCAUUGAAAGGAUUCUACAGAAUUUGGAGGGAGGGGGCAUAAUAUAGACAGUAUAGCAUCAAUUGUGCAACACCGAAUGAAGGUUACCAUGCGAUUAAAUAACCUCUAUCAGAUCAUGUAGACAAUAACCAAUAGUAUCCCUUCCCCAGUAGAAGUCAGUUUAUCAGUUGCCUUGAUUUCUUCUUUUAUGUAAAUAUAUGGAUAAAUGUUAUCCUUAGACAAAUGAGUGAAAAGGAUGUUUAUCAUGUAUCUGACUCUUAAAACAGCAAGCCUGAAGAUGGAUUGUGGUUUGGAAGGGGGUGGGGAUUUAUUUUGAGGGAGAGUUUGUUCAAGUUAUGUGCUUAUCAGUCAGGUAAUGUCCUUAUUUACCUAAAGUUUAGAACCAGGAAGUGCUAAAACAGUAACAUUAAGCUGACCUGGAUUUCCUUUUCACAACUGAUGAGUUAGAAAAAAGCAUACCAAUUUACUGAACAUUUCUACUGCAUUCACCCCGUAGGCUAAGUGAUGUAUUGGUGCUAAGAGCCUUCCAACACCCUCCCCUUUUUUUUUUUUCCUGUUGGGGUGUUAGGAAGAAGAUUUGACAAGAGGCUAAACUUGGUACACUCUCUUUAGUAGUUACUCAGGAAUCUUAAUUUUUUCCUAUCACUUUCUUCUAGUCAACCUCUAUUUGAGCUCCAAGAUUUUUACUUGUGUCAUUUCUAAGAGAUACUCCUCUCCUGAAACAAUUCUUAUGUCUUCAGCCAUAGUUUAUUUUCCAUAUGCAGGGCAAGAAGCUAAGGAAUGUGAAGAUGGAGAUGGAAGAGCCCCUUAGUAUGUGUCUUCCCUGCAGACAGCAUAAGAAAAAGUAGCCCUUUUCACACACACACACACACACAUAUGUACAUACACAUACACACACACACACACACACACCCCUAAUACUUUAAAAAGAAAGUUAUAUUUGGCCACUCAUCAGUCCCUUAAUUUCUUUUGCCCAUUUGACCAUCUUAGUCCUAUAGUGUAGUAGCUGAGAGUAUAAAGUUCUGCCAUGACAAACAGUAAGACAUUACAGAUAUUACAUAUGGCAUUAGAGCUAGCAUUUUCUUAAGCAAUACCAGUAUUCUCUCUUUGAUUCUCACAAGACUCAUCUUCAACAUUCUGCCACUGUUUCAAAAGAUACCUGAAGAUGUAAAACACUGGAGAGAAAUCAGAUAAUAUUCUUUUACAUCACAAAUACAAAGAACAGUAAUAUACUAAGAAUUGUUAGUGAGUUAUAAUUAUGUAUUGGUGGGGAGAUUAAUAAGUAACUAAGAAACAAAAUCAUUGAUAAAUCUGAAAAAAAUAAAUUCUAACCACCUACCAAACUUAUCCUUCCUCCUGCCCACCCUCACCCCUAAUUUGAAUUUCAAAAUGUUUAGUCUAUGUUUAAACAAAAUGGAUGAUUAAGAUAAUGUCAUAAAUUAGAAGCAUUGUGACACAGUGGAUAGAGUGAUAGACGAGAUCCAGAUAACAAAGCUUAAAAUCCUACACCUGACACUUACCUUCUCAGUAUUCCAGGUGUAGACACAGACAAGCUUCAGAUAGACAACAAGUUCCCCAUACUAAUGAAAUCACAAGUUUGGGCCAGAAAAACAGCAGGGAAGAGUGUAGAUCAUAAAAAUAUUAAAUUCUGUUGAAAACGCACUGGAUAAAAUCGGUUUUAACCUGUCCGCAUCUUAGUAUUUUUCACAUAAAGUAAACACAUAAAUGAAUUUUGGCAAUAUAAAUUAUUGCUUCUAGUAAAAUUGCUAAUCCUAAGGAAUAAUUAUUUCACCUCUUUCACAGACUUCUGAAUAUGGCCACUUUUACCACCACUUACUAUCUAUAAUGAAAGUUAUAACAGUAGAAAGCUCUUAAAUAGCUUUUGGCUAUUGGUCAACAGUUCCUGUAAAAUAUUUCAUUAAGUUGAAAAUAAUUUAUUGCCUAAUAUGUGUAUCCUUUUGCAAUCAGAAUAAUAUGACAAUUUGUGGUAUUUUGGGUACAGUAUCAGAAUGUGCCUUGAAUAUUCUUCUUUGUUUAUUCACAAAAGACAAUUAUCUUUGUGAUUUUCAUGCAUUUUAUUAGAUGGCAUCAGAUUUUCAGUAAUUCACUAAACUAUAAAAAAACAUACACCAGUUACAAUUAAAAUUCGAAAAUCCAAUCUAUAAAUGUCAUUUGAAAAUGUUUGAAAGAACAGUAGAAGAAAACUGCCUUUUGUUUUUAUGAAAAUGAUGGAAAAUAAGGAAUUUACAUUGCUAUGGAGCUGGGUUUUGUCCAAAGCCAUUUUUUACUCCUACAUUAUUAUAAUAUUUCAAAUUUUUAAAGUUGCACAUUGUUCUAAUGAAGAAAGUCAGGAUAUUAAGUAAGGUAUGUAUCAUUAUAGUUUGUGCAGUUUUUAAUAAAAAGAAGAAAUUGGUAAUUCAAUGCUUGGAAAAUGGGUUUAUACUCAUUUUUCAUUAACACUAAAGGCUCCCUUUAACCUUCAACUUUUGGUGCUUUGUAUAACUAGAUUUAACAUCUUAAAAUCCUUUAUUGGUGCCUUAUUUCAUUAAGUUGGGCUUAUUUCUGCUCUGAAAAGUCUCAUGGAAAUUCAGUAACUUUUGUCAGAAUUGUGUUUGUUUCUCUCUUAAAAACUCAAAGGGAAUUGCAUAUUUCAUGUGAUAAAGACAUGAUGUUUCAGUGAAUAUAUCCAGUUUUAUUAUCAGAGAAAUAACUGGAUAUUUUAUCUAAAUACUGGUACCCAUUUUAAAGCAGAUGACUGUGUUAGGGGGAAAAAGGUAUGAUAUUGAAUACCAGAAGUUUAAACUGGUACAAUUGCAAUUUCUCUCAAAUCCACCAAGAAUAUAAAGCUUCAAAGUUGAUUCUAAAAUGUACUCAUUAUUUAAAGUACAGAACUUCCAAAGAAAUCCAUCUUCCCAUCAUCAUUUGAGCAGUUAAAAUCAUUCUUAGUCUUUAUCCACCAUGUACCAAUUAUUUAUGAGUAGGACAGAGUCACUUUAUGACAAAACAUUUUCAAAAAUGUCACCUCUGCAACAUUUCCAGAAUAGAUUUUUCUCUAGCUCAUGUUUGGCAAUAUUUUACCCACAAUGUACCUUUCAAACAAACUGUAGAAUAUUGGUGUAAGGUAUUCACUUGAUACUUUUUCUUAGUCUCUUGAUCUGCAUCUCACUGAUUGGUCCAUCCUGUUGGGUGAUUCUGUCAGUACUAUUUUGUUUUAGGUGACCCACACAAACUGCCCCUUCUCUUGUCUUUUCUGUAAUCUGUAUCAUAGUCUGUCCUGUAUCUGUCCUGAUGAAUGUAUUAUUAAAAGCUAAAAUAAAUCAUGUCCUCAGAAAAGAUAUUGACAGGUUGUAUAUGCACUUGUACGAAUUUUGCAAAGAAAAAAAAUUCCUCCUGCCAACAACUGUCCUGCUGGCCAGGACCUUAAAAUGAAUAGGGUGUUGUUGUUUUUUUUACACUGUAUUUUUAAAAGUCUUUUACCUACUAUUCAGUUAUGCAUUUAUGAUUUCUGUAUAUUACAUUUUAAUAAAUUCAACUUCAUUUACUGCUGGCAGUUAGAAUAAUACAUGUGUCAAAUCAUAGUGACAAAUUCUAGGUGAAAGGAUUCUCAAGUCCAAAGUCUUGGGGAUAUUUUACAAAAUAUCUUAUGGACUCACAGCAUUAGUCAUCGAGUCUUUGGUUCUUUUUUCUUUUUUUAAGAACUGAAUGGUAGCAUUAUUUUAUCUAAGCCUAUGAAAGACUACAAAGACACUAUACUCUUAUGAAAACUAUUGUGGGAAAAGAUAUUUUGCUUGUUGUUAUAUGGAUUAUGCCAUCUGGAUUAUAGUGGGGUUCUUAUUAACAUGCACAAUCCACUGCAGUGCAUCAUGCAGUGUCAUCUAGUAAAGUCUAAUAAAGUUUGGAAGAAAAAGAUAAA